UCGACAAAGCAGAACCGGCAUCCCGAGCAUAUCGCGGACGUUCCGCGCGAUGAUCCGCCAGUGUUACAACCAGCGCAUUAUGUCUAACAAGGAGAUCGCGGAGUACUGCAACUGCGACGUACGCGACGUAUACUUUGCUCUCAAUAACGAGACAGGAGACAACUUAAGCGAGGAUCAUGACUACUUGGACGGGAAGCUUGGGGACAUCGUCAACAUUGAUAACGUUGAUGAGAGCAUGCUCAAACCAGUGUAUCAUGUUGACGAGAAGUUGGACAAGGACGAGGACGAAGAUAUGAGCAACUCCGGCGGAGAAGAGCAGACGCAGCAGGAACCACUCGCGAACGGGGAAGAUCCGCGGGCAAAAGCGUAUCCCACACCGGAGAGCGACCCGCCGUACAACCCACCACUUCGUGGAUACGCCGACGACACGACAUACGACUCUGAAGACGAGAUCGAGCGCAUAUUGAGCGCUACGGAUUUGGACGAGCCUGAAGACGAGGAGAUGUACGAUGUAAGUUGAAUGGCUCUUCCAUCUCGCUUUGUCUCAUGCCUGGACAGGAAUCUGUGAUCCGCCAGGCCGACAGCCCUUCCCACGUACCCACGGCAGAACCCUCGUCACAGAUGCUCCAACAUCAUCCACCACCUCUUUUCCAGGUCCCCCCACUCGACCCAGUCUAUGCAUUCUUCUCAUCGCUAUCAAAGACCUCGCCUGAAGAAGUCCAUCAGAUGACCGCCGUUUUCCAUAUAUACGGCGUCGAAAAUUCUGAAGACCUCGACAUUCUCUCGCAGAUGGAGGUGUGCUGGCAUGAAGUCGAACACUAUGUUUGCAGCCGGGGGCUCUCGAGAAGCCAGUGGUUACGGGUCUGUGAUGCUCUACGAGUCCGGCGGGCAUCGGUACUUGGGCAACGGUAAUCUUGCAGCCUUUAUCUCCUGAAUAUGCUUUAUUUUAAACAUAUUUUUUCCUCACUGAGCUGGACGCAGGUUGAGACUCGGUUUGCUAACGCAAAAUGUAUGUUUAACAAUUGUAUGCUUCACCUUCUUGC